GCUUUUAAUCGUUUAAAGUGUUCAGAUCAAUACACGUCGUUUAGAGAAUUGUACAUACAUGUUUUAAAUUAUUCUUAUUAUUAUUAUUUACUGAAUGUUACACUGUACUGCUUUAUCUAGUGACAUAAUGAAGGUUAUUCUCUGUGAGUACAAAAGGUGCGUCUAAUUUCUCACCCUGUACCAGUUCAUCAUAAACCCGAAUCAGUCUCUGGCAGGUAGUGAAAGAAACGGACCCUUUCGAAACUUUUUCGAGUCGAUUGAAUCGCUUCUCAGAAUGAUUCAGUGAAUCGGAGAGCCCGAAUCAUCCCACGCUGACGUGACCUGCUGUUUUUAUUUCUUUUUUUUUUUUUUAAGCAGGACAAAGUGUUCAGACACAGAAAAACUCCUGGUGGAUUAACUGAGAUCCACGUGACACGCUAUUAUAAAGAUGGCGUUUAUUAAAGAAGAGAAUGAAGACAUGAAGAUAGAAGAAUUCAGAGUCAAACGUGAAAAUUCUGAGGAACAAAUAAAGAUUGUGUUUAUUAAAGAAGAGAAUGAAGACAUGAAGAUAGAAGAAACAUUCAGAGUCAAACAUGAAGAUACUGAGACACAAACAGACCUGAUGACAAUGAAGGAGGAGAGUCGAGAUCUGAAUGAAAUGGAAGAGAAUGGUAUUAAACAUCAUGAUUUCAUAACUGGAGAAAAAUCUUUUAGUUGUUUGCAGACUGAAAAGACUUCCUCUCCAAAAAGAGCUCAGAAGACUGGAACUACAAGUCAUUUAAUCUGCCAACAGUGUGGAAAGAGUUUUAGAAAAAAUGCAAAUCUUAAAGUCCACAUGAGAGUUCACACUGGAGAGAAGCCUUACACCUGCCAACAGUGUGGAAAGAGCUUCCCACGAAUUGAUAAUCUUAAGAGUCACAUGAGAAUACACACUGGAGAGAAGCCAUUUCUAUGUGGUCAAUGUGGAAAACGUUUCUCACAUAAAGCAACCUUUUAUAGUCAUAUGAGAAUUCACACUGGAGAGACGCCUUACAGCUGCAAACUGUGUGGAAAAACUGUGAAUCAAAAAGGAAAACUCAAGAUUCACAUGAGAGUUCACACUGGAGAGAAGCCUUACGCGUGUGAUCAGUGUGGAAAGAGUUUUAGAAAAAACGGAAACCUUAAAGUCCACAUGAGAAAUCACACUGGAGAGAAGCCUUACACCUGCCAACAGUGUGGAAAGAGUUUCCCACGAAUUGAUAGUCUUAAGAGUCACAUGAGAAUUCACACUGGAGAGAAACCAUUUGUAUGUGGUGAAUGUGGAAAAUGUUUCCCACAUAAAGCAACCUUUUAUAGUCAUAUGAGAAUUCACACUGGAGAGAAACCUUACACCUGCAAACUGUGUGGAAAAACCUUGAAUCAAAAAGGAAAACUCAAGAUUCACAUGAGAGUUCACACUGGAGAGAAACCUUUCACAUGUGAUCAGUGUGGAAAAUGUUUCCCAUAUAAAGAAAGCCUUAAUAAGCACAUGAAGAUCCACUUAAGAGAGAGCUGUUUUAUAUGCCAUCAGUGUGGAACGAGUUUCACAGACAGGAAUCACCUUAAGACGCACAUAAUGACUCACAUUGGACAUGAGCCUUUUAUGUGUUAUGAUUGUGGAAAGAUUUUUGUAAAAAAAGCAAACCUCAAGACUCAUAUGAGAGCUCACACUUGAGGGAAGAUUUUCACCUGCCAACAGUGUAGAAAGAGUUUAGAAAGUCCUCAAAGAGUGUUGAAAGUCCUCAAAGUUGUUGUUGUUUUUUAAUCCAAUGUAAAUUCAUGUUCCAGUCACAUUUUCUUGGUUAAAUAAACAUUACUUAGAAUAUCUAUUAUAUAUUUUUUACGUGAACAAUGUAAUCAAUAUUCUAUUUAUUAAAGCAAAGUAUGAAUCUCAUCAAGUUUGUAAAUAAAGUGUUUUUAAGCAUUUCACAUUUUUUCCAAAGGCAAUUACAAUGUAAUCAGAGCGAUCGGCUGUACACACAUUGCUAUAAAGGGGCCAUCUGAAAAAUAAUUUGCAUAUGUGAAUCAGAAACAUUUCCAUUCAAUAAAUGUGCAGAUAAUAUGUGAUGCACAAAUGUGCCUAACAAAUAUUGUGGCAAGGUGGCCUGGGACAACCCAUGAUUCAUACAUCCUUAUAAACAGCAUGGUUGGGAUGAGGCUCCAAGCUGGCAGGGUGCACAAUGGGUGGCUUCUUGGUGGGGUGGGAAUCACCAGAGGCCCCACGAUACGAUAUUGUCAUGAUACAAUAUUAUUGCAAUUUUAAAUAUAUUGCAAUAUACUGCAAUAUAUUACUUUUUUCCAACUUCAAAUAAUGUCCCCAAACAAAAACUUUGGCAACAUCUGUUUUAACUACAAAGAAACAUUUCUCACUUUGUUUAUCUCGCUUCAAUUUUGUUGUUGCAGUGCAAAUGGGAUUGCCAAGCAGACAAACUGACCAACACUUUCAUGAAAAACUGUCAUAAAUGUUAUAUGCACCUGGAAAACUCAACUAUUUGUAUAACAGUCUAGUCUAGUCAACCUUAAUUAAAUGUAAACAGCUAUGUACUGCUGUGCUACUACAGGUAUUUACAUGCAUUUGCCAUAAAUGGAAUGGAUACGUAAAAUUGCUGGUGUAUUUUUGGUCAGCUAUAUUGCAUGCAUUUGAAAAUUAAUGUGUACCAAAGUUAAGCAAAUAAAUGAGAAAUGAGUUACCUUCGUGGCAGUCCCAUAUUAAAUCCAAGUCUCCCACAGCAAUGGAUACUAUUCCAGAGAGUAAAGUGUCGCCCACAAUAGAGGCAACUCUCUGCUCAAAAGGUGCAAGUUCAUCGACCCCUGUACCACUCCCAGUUCUGCCCACACUUUGUCAUUGCGCAGCGGUUCUCCGCUUAACUUCAACCUUUAUAUCAAGACCAUUUUUUUAAGUUAAUUUACAGUAUGAUGUUCAGAUUCCACUGGGUUGACAGCAGCAGCCAAACUCUCCCACUCAUUUUAUUUUGUUUGUUAUCAAAUCCGGAGGACAAAGUUCCAAAUAAAAUAUUUUUUUCUCCUUUCUACCUCCAAUAGUUGCACCUCCAAUUCAUUUUCUUUAAAGUUUCAUCUCUUUCUGCUUGCUUUUGUUAAAGUGGACUCAUUACCAUAUUAAAAUGUAUUUAAUUGAGGGAGGAGACAGGGUGGGGUGUAGUGCUCAUGCGUGUGCACUUAAUUUCAUGUUAAUUGGGAUGUACAAAGAGAAUAUGCGUGGCAUCCUGCAUACACACAGUCUGUCAGUACUGGUCACCAGAAGAAAAGACACAUUGUCCAGGAAAGGUUGGCUUAUGAAUUCCAUGAACAUAAGUUGAAGUAUGAUGAAGAUACUAGAAGUAGAUCUGGAGAUGAAGAUAAAUGACAAAAAGAUGCAGCAGGCUCAAAUGUCACAUCAGUAAAUGAAUCUGUGAAACAAAUAUUGAUUUCAGACAAAAUAUCCACUUUUAACAUGUUAUUUACUCAUUACAUCUGUCUGAUCUGAGUAGAAAUUUGAAAGUUAAGUAAUCUAAAAAUAUCUAUUUAAAGUGGCACAAUACAAAAGAAUCUAUGUAUGCAAGUCCUUCUCUGUGGUCCGUUGUGGCGCAUCUUGAUUGUCAUUCUCUUCUAUUGGGGGAUCUGGGCAUUCCUGUUGUUUCAGGUAGAUGUGAAAAAAAGCUGUUGCAAUGAUGACAGUGCAGCAUCUUCUUGGUUUGAAUUGAAAUGUUUUCCGAAGACACUGAAAGUGACUCCUCCUAACACCAAACAUGCGCUCACUAAACCCCUUGUGCACAUAGUAUAAGCCUGGUUGUAGCACCGUUGUUCAUCUGUUGUCGGGUGCAAAUAUGGUGUAAACAAAAAAUUAUUCUUAGCAUACCCACUGUCACCAAGCAAUAUUCCAUUAUGAUCUCAUCUUUCAAACUGAGUAUACAGAGAUGAAUUUAGGAGAAUUUGGGAAUCAUGAGUUGUACCUUUCCAACGUGCAACAAUGUUUGGAAACUGUAACUGAGGAGUGCAUGCACCUUGGACAUUUAUGGAAAACCAGUUCUUUCGGUUUCUGUAUUCCUCAGCAUCUGGAGUAGAGGGACACUUAAUUGGAAUAUGGGUUCCAUCUAUGCAAGCUAUGACUCCUGGGAAAUUUCCAUAUUCAUAGCAUAGUACCUUGUAGUUAGCCUGGGUUGUAGCAUCAGGGAAGUUGAUGUAAUACGGUCUUAAUUCAUAAAUGGCCCUGCGUACUCUGUGAACGACACCACAUAAAUCCCCAGUUUCACAAUGAAAAAUGACACAUUCCAAUACACUCUAAUCACCUGGAGACAAACUCGAACAGGCUUUCCUCUUUGGGUCACAGAUGAAAGCUACUGUUCUAAAAGUAAAAUUAUUUUCAGUGUAUUUACUUUAUGCAUGCAGAAAUGAUCUUGAAAACUUAUUUCAUGAAAAAGUUGUAGUGGGUCACUUCUGUCUGCAAGACCUUGUCUAGCUGGUGGUUGAUCUUCAUUGACAUAGUCCUAGUAAUCCAUAUGUCCCCCAAGUGACAUUAAUCUAAAGUUAAACCUGCCUCCUGUUUGGUUUAAUUUAAGCCUCAAUUUAGUCCAGAUUAGCUCUAGUCUUCCUCCAGGAAAUCAGCCUAUUAAAUUCUGGACUAGACUAAGGCCCAAUCGCAAUUCUAUUUAAUACCCCUUCCCCUACCCCUUGUCCCUUGAAACAGUGUCAAGGGUUAGGGGUGAGAAUAUUCCCCUAAGAAUUGAGACACCACUACUAUCCCGUCACAUGUCAUCAUGAGAAUGAGAAUGAGAAU